CCUGUAUUUAUGGCCUGCUGUUAAAGAUAAUGAUAACACAUAACCAUUGGAAAUAAUAGCAGUAUUUGAGUGAACGAGAGGCCAUCUGUCAGUCUUCAGUCUGGACAUGGAGUGGACAAGCCGAGGCAUCAUUGUGUCCGCUCUGCUGCUGCUAGCGCUGGGGUCAUCCAUCGCUAAGGUGGAGGAGGAGGACCCUGAGUACUGGAGAGCUCAAGCCCGACAGGCUUUAAAGGCCACUCUGAGCCGCAAAACCAACACCAACGUGGCCAAGAACGUCAUCUUGUUCCUCGGAGAUGGAAUGAGUAUUACCACAAUAACAGCAUCUCGAAUCCUGAAGGGACAACUCCAGAACCAAUCAGGAGAGGACUCAGUCAUGACUAUGGACACUUUCCCCAGUGUUGGACUGAUAAAGACUUACAGUGUGGACUUCCAGAUCCCAGACAGCGCGGCCACUGCCACAGCGUACCUAUGUGGAGUGAAGACCAACCUGAACACGCUGGGAGUGAACGCGGCCGUGAGAAACGGAGUUUGUAAGAGUCAGAAAGGAAACGAGGUCACAUCCAUCCUCAAGUGGGCCAAAGACUCAGGUAAAUCUGUUGGUGUAGUGACCACCACCAGAGUGCAACAUGCCACUCCUGCCACAACCUACGCCCACAGCGCCAGCAGGAAGUGGUACAGUGACGCAGACCUGCCAGCCUCUGCCAAACGGGAUGGGUGCACGGAUAUCGCUGCUCAGCUCAUCAACAACACAGACAUCGAUGUGAUCAUUGGAGGUGGGAGGAAGUACAUGACCCCACGAGGCACCAAAGACCCAGAGUACCCCUGGGAUUUUCUUUCCAGAGGUAAACGUCAAGAUGGACGCAACCUCAUCGACGAGUGGCAGCAGAAGAAGAUUGGAAAGGUCGCCCAUUAUGUGUGGAAUAGAACAGAUUUUGAUGCAGUUGACCCUGAAACCACGGACUACCUCAUGGCUCUUUUUGAACCCGGAGAUCUGCGCUUCGAGGCAGACAGGGAUCCAAAAAUGGACCCUUCAAUUGUAGAGACCACAGAGAAGGCCAUCCGCAUCCUGCAAAAGAACAAAAACGGCUUCUUCCUACUGGUGGAGGGUGGAAGGAUCGACCAGGCUCACCACGAUGGCCGAGGGUACAUGGCACUGCAUGAAACCGUUGCCUUUGACUACGCCAUUGCCAAAGCUCUGGAGCUGACCAAAGAGGAGGAGACUCUCACCGUGGUAACAGCUGACCACUCCCAGCCCUUCAUCUUCAACGGAUACCCCUUCAGAGGGCAAAGCAUUCUGGGUAAAUCUCCUCUGUGGGCUAUGGACUUUAAGCCUUACACUACGCUGAUGUAUGGGAGCGGCCCAGGACACAAGAAAGUCAACGGCUCUCGACCUGACCUGCGGGAUGUCGACACCAAGACCAAAGCCUACGUGCAGUACUCGGCGGUGCCCACCGAAUCCUCCACUCACAGCGGGGAGGAUGUGGCAGUCCUGGCUCGGGGGCCCAUGUCACACCUCUUCCAGGGCGUCCAGGAGCAGAACUACAUUGCUCAUGCUAUGGCCUACGCCUCCUGUGUGGGGGAGGACCAGAGCCACUGUGAGGGAGCAGUCAUGCCCACUUUCACUGAUGGACACAACCACGCUAACACAGGGGCCACUCUCUGCAGCAGUCUGCUCUGUGUACUAUUAGUGCUAACAGUCUUUAUGUAAGUCGAAUUCUUAACUUCGAAUUUUUAGUACACCAUGUAACUUUUCUGGUGGGUGGUCCACCAUCGGAUCGUCACCAUGGAGAAGAAUAUUUCAGAGUGAUUUAUUUAUUUACAGUUGGUUUUGUUGCUAAAAUAUCUGUGUAAUCCCUCAGUCGUCCAGGUCUGAUCCAUAGCAAAAGAUGAAAUUAAAUCUGUCAGCUGGACAAAUCAUUGUAGGGGCAAAUACGUUCAGAACUGAAGAAGCGGCUUGAGUGAGAAGCGAAACGUUUUCUCUCCUUCAACGACAGAUUUAAUUUUAUUUUUUGCUAUAUUGCUAAAUUAGCGACAUGAAAAACCUGCAUCCUGACUCCACCAGAGGACCCUCCAUCAGAAAUAUUACAUAGUUUACCUUUAAAUAACAGAGCUACACAGGACUAAAGGGUGAACAUGGAAUUAGAGCUACACAACUAUUAAAAGAAGACAAAUGACUGAACUCAAACUAUAU